AAGAAAUUCAAAGUAAUUGGGAUUAUUUGAAAUGAAGCGAAUAUUAAUUUUUUUCUGAUUGGCUACCAGCAAUGAAGGUCAUAUAAUUUGUGUCAACCAAUCGUAUCAUUUUCUUACUUUAGCGAUUAAAAUGGAAAAAAUUUAUUGCGAGACAUUGAGCAACAACACAAAAAUCUAAGAAAUUAAGUGCCUGUGAAAUGUGGAAAUUAUUAUGCUAAUACAUUGAUUCAUAGUUUCUUAGAAUAAUGAAAGGGAAUCUCAUUUUAUUUGAUAAUACAAACGGCUCUUAGACAAACAAUCCUCGAUGAAAAACAUGUCAAGUACAUAGUGAUAAUGAUAACAGUGAAUAUAUCAUGAAAUAUCGGAUGUAAAUUUGAUUUCAAUCCUGGUCGACACAUAUGAAUUUUGCUUAGCAUAUUGAAAUUGAAGAAAUUAUCAAAUAUUAUUCAAUGGCAAAAUACAUUUUGAAGCAAUUUUUAUGUGAAGUAUUCGAACUCAUCCAAGAAAGACAAAAUCGCAGGAUUUUCUAUAAACAACACAUAUGACGAACUCAAUGCAAACCAUAUUCACUCUAUGAAAUCAACUGAUACUUGGUAAAUCAACUAAAUUUAAUAAUAUGAGGCUUAGAGAAAGAUUUUCACCCGAUACCUUCAAACCAAAUUACAAUGCGAAAACUAUAAGUUUCACCAGUUCGCAGUGGUUACAACAACUGCUGUCGAUAGCUAUACGUUUAAACAAUGGCACAAGUAGUCAUGAAUACUCACCAAUUUCUGCUGCUACUUAUACAACUACAACCAGCAACAAUGAUAUCACCAAUCAAAGCAGCAUAGAUGAGUCUACGUCAGCAACAAAAACAGUUGGUGCAACUGGAUGCAUCAUAUUGCAGUUAUAUGAUAAAAAUCCUGAUUUCCUUUACAAUCAAGAGGAUUAUCAAGAUAUUGAUUAUUCCGUAUUAAAAAUGCAAAUCAUCAUUUGGACACAAAAGUAUUUGAAACCAGAUGAUUUAUUCAUGGAUUGGUUUGAAACAGUCAGUCGUCACAUUCAUCAUAACGACUAUAACCACAAUAAUGAAAAUACUAUGAACUAUGCGCAUAAUGAAUUGUCUGUUACAAAUGUUACAUUCUGUACAGAAAACCUAAGAGGUUUAAUGAUUGAAAGUGAUAAGCAAAUGCAUGAUAAAUUCAGUCAUUUAAGUGGUGAGGUGUAUAGCACGAAAAAUGGAACAAAAACUGAAAAUUAUGGUGUAAGUGAGGUGCAAAUCGUGAUCGUGAUUACACUUUGCUGUGUACUGAUCGUGUGCUUUAUGAUGGCUGUUAUUUUACGUGUUAGGAGCUUUUGCAAACGUCAAACAGAAUCAAGAAAACAAUCAAAAAAUGAUCGCGACUCUGCACUGCAAGUCAAUUUUGCUUAUGACAUCAAUGAAACACAAGUGGUCGAGAAACCACCAAUGCCGAGUACUACUUUUGGCAGUAAUGUAUAUCCAAGACCAAUGAAACGAAAACCUGGUGUAUGCAGAUAUGAUCGCGUACCACCAUCACACUGUAAUUUACCUCAGAAAUAUUCCAAAGGGUUGUAUGGUCAAUCAUACAAUCCAACAACAGUAUUUAUGAUUGACGAUCAAAGGGGAGAAUAUUGCAAUGCACUCCUUGAAGAGUAUUCACAAAACUACAAAACAGAUUACCAUCGUCGAUAUCUAGUGCACUCAAGGCAACCGGAAAGUGUAGUUCAUCAGUUUACAUCGAAAGCUCCAGUUAACCUGAUCAAGAAUGAUAAUCACAAUCAACAUACAAAAAAUAAUCAUCUAUAUAAGUCAGUUCAGAGAACGAAUAGUUUUUUAAUAUUCACAUUGUGUUAUUCAUGAAUUCUAAUGUUGAUUAGUACUCACAAAAACUUACCCUUGUUUAUUUGUAUUGUAAUUAAGUAAAUUAUGAUGUAACCCUCUAGAAUGUCAGCUUAACUGUAGAACAGUAUUUUUUGAUGACUUUGUUAUGUACCUAAAAUGGUAAAAAUAUUAUUAUCUAAA